CAAAAUCCGGACACGCAUUGUCCAGGGGAAUCGUGCAUACUAUGGGCUUCACCGACAGCUGAGAUCCAGAAGACUUUGAGACCGCACGAAAUGUGAGAUAUAUCGCACAUUGAUUCGCCCGGUGGUCCUAUAUGGACACGACUCCUGGACUAUCCGAGCGGAGGAUGCAAGCGCUCUGGGCGUGUUUGGGCGACGCAUGGAGGAGAAGGAUGAACCAUGAGCUUGCUGAGCUGUACGGCGAACCUAGCAUCCUGGUGGUGGCAAAGGCUGGCAGGAUACGAUGGCUGGGGAAUGUCAUGAGGAUGCCGGACUCAUGCCCCACCAAGAAGGUGUUCGACAGCAAUCCCCAGUUCGGCAUAAGGCACAGGGGAGCACAGCGAACUCGAUGACUGGAUCAGAUGAAGCGAGACCUGUCGGAGAUCGCGUGUCUAAAUGGAUGGGAGGCUGCAGCCAGGGACCGAGCAUCCUGGAGAAUUGUUGUUGACCGGGCCAUGUCACAUCGACGUGCUCUAUUGUGAGUAGGCCAACAAGAGAAAGAGAGAGAGAGAAUAAAAGAAAGAGAGAAACUAUAGAAUAUGGUAUGAAUUCAAUGCCCCCAAAUAAUAUGCCUGUUUGUGUGCUUAUAUCCAUUGAAUGUCGUAGUAAGUAGUACUAGUAGUAAGCGGUGAUUGCCACCAACUCUUUAAAUGUAUGCACUCAUAACUGUAGCACUGAAUGAGAAGCUGUUAACGCACCACGCGAGUUACAAACUGAUACAAAAGCACGUGUCACUUCGUUGAUUGAUUGAUUACGGGGAUGAGUUACUAGCACGUUGCCGCGAGCACGCUUAUCGAGAUCACAUCCGGCGAUCGUUCCGCUUCGACAAAAAAACCGUCACACUAUAAAUGAGAUUAAUUUCCUCCACCGUGAAAACACAUCCCAUACAACAGUGACCGACUACGAGCCUUCGCGAAAUGUGCCACCGAGUGUUGUCUCUGUGCGGUUUCCUGCUGCUAGGCUUACAGUGUGGUUGGCAGACGCUAGCCGAGGACUGUAUGGACAUAAAGAUUUUCACCACAAAGGUUGCUUCCUGCUGUCAGCUGGAAGAAUUCCUAACUCUAAAGACGUACGGCAAUUGUUUGAACACUAUGGCCGAAAAGUAUCCCAAUUCAACUCUGGAUUAUUUGGUUUGUGGACUCGAUUGUACGUAUCGGGAGAUGGGUAUACUGACGGGUGUGGAUGACAUUAACGUGGAACAGAUCAGCACUAACCAAGCGGUGUACGGUGAGGCGUACCAGGAGGCGAUUGGCAAAGCCGUCGAUGCCUGUCUGGCACAGAGGGAUGAGUUUCGCGAGCAAGAGAAAUUUACCAAGUCGGAGUGUGUAAACAUCCGAAACAAUUUCCACCUUCCAAAAAGCAAUCGGAACUGCCGUACUGCUGCCAGACGGAACCACUCAUCCCGGAACACGUGUCGACGAAAUUGCUACCAGCAGUGCAUUUACGAGGAGCUGGAAGCUGUGGAUGGGUUGGAGAUACGGGUGGAAAAGCUGUACGCACUGGCGGAAGGAUUUCCCGCCGAUUAUCGGCACGCCGUCCAUCUGGCGAUCGAUGAGUGUGUCAAAAGACUUCGCAAGACAAGGCAUAUGUUCGAACAGAUGAACGCACAGUGCUCGCUGUUUGGCUUUGCAGUGGAUCGUUGUGUGCGUUUGCUGAUCUACGAAAACUGUCCCACCGCACGGUGGAGUGCUGCCGUUGCCUGCACUAAGAGCCGACAGGGUGUACCGUUUUGUUGA